GUAAUAAAAGAUUCGCUUUCGCGAAUUCAUAGAGUAAAAAUGGUGCUCGAUAUGGAUAUGUUUCGCGAAGAGAAGGGUGGAAACCCCGAAAUCAUUCGCGAAUCGCAGAGAAAUCGUUACAAAGAUCCAGGGUUGGUUGAUAAAGUGAUUGAGCUGGAUCAGGCAUGGAGAAAAGCGCGGUUUUUGCUUGAUGUAUUUAAUCGGCAGAAGAAUGUGCUAAGCAAAGCAAUCGGGGAAAAGAUGAAGAAAAAGGAGGCCCAAGGCACGGACGACAGCAUUGAUGAAUCGAUCACUUCAAAGCUGGAUUCUUUGAAAAUUGAAGAUCUCAAUGGGUUAACAGUAAUGCAAAUAAAGAAGCUGCGAGUUUUGCUGGAUGAGAAAAUGGCUGAGACAAAGACUUCGAUGGAGAAACUGGAGGAGGAACGCCAUUUCAACUUGAUACAAAUAGGAAAUAUUGUCCACCAUAGUGUCCCAGUCUCCGACGAUGAGGAAAACAACCGAGAAGAACGUACUUUUGGUGACAUAACCAGGAAGAUGAAAUACUCACACGUGAGUUGUUCAAUUGCAAUUUCUUAUAAAAGCUUAAUUUUCUCAUUUUUUUUCUGAAU